AUGGUGAGAGUUAACUCAUUUAUCAAACCCUUAAGCAAGUUGAUGCUACCUCCUAAACUCUAUCCUAUACCAAAUGAUCCAGAUCUCGAAAAGUAUAGAUCAUACCCAUUUGAACCAAAAGAUUUGAUGAAAAGGGGAGGAUUUACUUACCAUAAAAGAGAGGUUGUUGAUCUUAAGCCAAUUCAGAGUCAGAAGGAAAUCCCAGGCCGCGAUCAUUACAUGGAUGCUUUCAGGCAAGGGUUGAAAACUAAAAUUGUUGAGAGAGACACUAGGUACAGGCAAAUAAUAAGGAGAUAUUAA